AUGAAGGUCAUUGACAAGAUCAACAAAGCCGAGAGCGAAGGUCGUCUCUUUUAUUCGUUUGAGUAUUUCCCGCCAAAGACUCCACAAGGUGUCCAAAACCUUUACGAUCGUAUGGAACGUAUGCAACGUUUUGGUCCUGAAUUCGUGGAUAUCACUUGGGGUGCUGGAGGCACAUCUGCCGAUCUCACCACCGAGCUUGUCGCAACGGCUCAAUCAGUCUAUGGUCUCGAGACAAUGAUGCAUUUGACGUGUACCAAUAUGCCUGUGGAAAAGAUUGAUGCUGCUUUGAAGGCUGCCAAAGAUUGCGGCUGUCAAAACAUCCUUGCCUUGCGUGGUGAUCCUCCAAAGGGCCAAAAGAAUUGGGAAUCAGUUGAAAAUGGCUUUUCACAUGCUGUGGAUCUUGUUCGUUACAUUCGCAAGCAAUAUGGCGACUACUUUUGUAUUGGUGUUGCCGGUUAUCCUGAAGGCCAUGUGGAUAAUCCUGACAAGGAAGAUGAUCUUCGUCGCUUGAAGGAAAAGAUUGAUGCUGGUGCUGAUCUCAUCGUCACCCAAUUGUUUUUCGAUGCCGAUGUCUUUAUUCACUUUGUUGAGCGUUGUCGUGCCAUUGGUAUCACAUGUCCUAUUUUGCCAGGCAUCUUCCCCAUCCAAAACUAUAAUGGUCUCAAGCGUGUCAUCUCUUUCAGCAACAACGAGGUGCCCCAGAGAAUUUGGGAUGAACUUGAGCCUAUCAAGGAUGACGAUGCUGCCGUCAAGGAAUACGGCAUCAACUUGACCGUCGAGUUUGUCCAAAAGUUUAGAAAGGCUGGUGUCAAUGGUUUCCACAUCUACACCUUCAACUUGGAGAGAUCCUCACGUCUCAUCCUUGAACGUCUCAACUUGGUGCCACCACUCGAAAAUGUCAAACCGUUGCCAUGGAAUCCCUCUUUGUCAUCUAAGCGUGCCAAGGAGAAUGUGCGUCCCAUCUUCUGGAAGAAUCGUGCCAAGAGCUACAUUCGUCGUACUGAGACUUGGGAUGAAUUCCCUAACGGUCGUUGGGGUGACUCUCGUUCGCCUGCCUUUGGUGAAUUGGAUGGAUGGGGUGUUUCAUUGAAGUAUCCUCAAGAGGAAUGUUUGAAAAUGUGGGGCGAACCCAAGAAGGCUGAUGAGAUUGCUUUGCUCUUCGCCAAAUAUUGUAAAGGAGAUGUUGCUGGUAUUCCAUGGAGCGCCCAACAAUUAGAGCCUGAGACUGAAAUCAUCCGUCAGCGACUUGCAGCCAUCAACUUGCUUGGCUUUUUGACUAUCAACUCACAACCAGCCGUCAAUGGUGCAAAGAGCUCUCACAAAGUUUAUGGUUGGGGUCCCAAGAACGGUUACGUGUUCCAGAAAGCGUAUUUGGAAUUCUUUGUAUCACCCGACAAGUUGGAUGAAUUGACGGCCAAGAUCAGCAAGGAUCCUCAAGUGACUUAUUAUGCAGUCAACCGCCAGGGCGAUUUACGUACCAACACCCAAAGUGAUCAACCCACUGCUGUUACAUGGGGUGUUUUCCCUGGUAAAGAAGUCAUCCAACCUACCAUUGUUGAGCCCAUGGCCUUUAUGGCAUGGAAGGACGAAGCCUAUGAGUUGUGGGGCGAAUGGGCACGUAUCUAUGAUCGUGAAAGUGAAUCAGCCAAGCUCAUCCUUGAUAUCAUGAACAACUGGUACUUGAUCAACAUUGUCCACAAUGACUUCCAAGAUGAAAACGGUAUUUGGCGCUUGUUCGAUCUUGAAGUGGAUCAAUUUGCCGACCAAUCCAAGCAUCUUCUCAACGGCCUUGUUGCCUAA